CUCGGAUGGCCGUUUGGCGAUCAGGUGGAGGUGGAGGAUGAAGAUGCUUUUUCACCAGCUGGUCACUGCGCAACCAAUAGGCGUCAUUGCCGCGUGCCGCGGCUCCACCGGGACAGAGCGACAUCUAGGAAUCCCCAUGCGAGAGAUUCUGCUUGUAUAUAUCCGCAAGAGAGCGUCUACAUGGAACCACGUUAUGGGAGGCUCUCUGUAGUUCUCGCGGAAAUAUUAAUGCCUGCCUGGAGCGCGCCCAUGUUGAAAAACAAUUUGGCACCAAUUCGUCCUAGUACCAUUGGCAUUUCAACAUGGGCACAGACCACCAAUGGGGUGGCCAGGCAGACGCAGCCCCCGACUGCACGAGCCCGCAGAAGAGAGUCACCACGAGCUGCGCGAGAGGGAGAAGGAGCAGAGAACAGGGAGGAAGAGGAGGAAGAGGAGGAGACGGCGGCGGCCGACCUGCACAUGCCCAGGUCGACUGCGCAUCAGAAGCGCUGGACGCGGGGCGCGUGUGGGCAUUAUGCCAACAUCGGUGCCAAGAUGGGCGGUCCCCACCACAACGAUCGAUUAAGGACUCCUCGAUCGAGGCACAGGGUCGAGAAACUUGUGCUCGACGGGGACGCGGAGGCAGACCCCAGCAGAGAGGACGACGAAAGAAUGAUGGGCGACAAGAGAGAGAGAGAGAGAGGGGGUGGGGGAAGGCCACGGAGGAGGGGAAGGAGGCCUCCCCUCCGCUCGCCCAAGGGCCAAAAGGGCGCUAUGUACACGCCGUGCGGACGGCCCCUGCCGUGGGCACUCGCACGACGGAGCAGCUCGCCGGGGCUUCGCCCAGCUUCGCCCAGCGGCACGGGCGAAAACGCCCGAUCCUCGCGGGCGGCCGUCCCGAACCCAGACAUCCGAAUGACUAUGAUUGUUUUCCCGCGCAAGCUAUUUUGGGAGAAGAAGGCGGAAAACAGAGGGGGGAGACGAACGGACACACCAAAUGAAAUCUAGGCAAACGGAUGCUGGGCACAACCGCCGGAGCACCAUCAACAACAUCCAGAAAUAUGAUGUGACCACUGGCGGCCGUGCACUGGACUGGACCACUCCGGGCGAGACCAGGCCACUCCGAGCGAGAUCAGGUGUCCUUGGCGCCGUUGGAGAAUGGGAAUGCCGGGACCUCCUCUGGGAGAACAGCAAAAAAUACACAUGCGUUGUGAGCGGAAUGAAUUCCCAUGGUACGCCGCCCCGUUGGGAACCCAUCAGCGCAUCACUGUCGAGAAGCACCCGCUUUCGGACGAAAGCGGCGGUGUAGACAUGCCGAUGGGUUCCCAAAGGCAGCGCGUCAUUGAUGCUCGUCUCCUCCCCAGAUGCCGCAACCCUCCGAUCCUCUCCGUGCGCGCGUUCUGAUCAAAACUUCCGAAACGAAUCCCGCCGCGGCGACGAGGGCUCUCGGGGAAGCCAGCCGACGUCGUGGGUUGCCAAGGUCACUGGUCCUGCCCAAGUCGGCGGCAGCCUCCCUUCGGAUCCUCAGCCGCUCUAUCACGCAGAAUUUGAACCUAGCCCCGCAUACCCGAAGUCAGACAUUCCUGCACGUUGACCACGCCGCCAUUUACUGGGCACCGCUGAAGGUUGCCCUCCAGCCUCGCUCCCUCGCAUGAGGGGCGCUGGGAUGUGGGGUAGCCCCUCUUGUUACCGAAUGUGCCAAGGGUUGCCUUCCUGCGUGAGCCCUCUCACGGGCCCAUGCCGGAUGGUGCUCACCCCUUUGCCCGCAGCGUGGUAUAAAACUACGACUUGUCCGUACCCCGCUGGCUGCGUUCGGACUGCCUGUCGCGUAUUCUCAUCGAAAAUUGUGUCGGAAAUGAUGGAUCCAAUGUUAGCUUUCAAUGUACCUGAGGUAUCC